UAAUUAUUUUUCCUGUCGUUCUGCGUACUCUGAGUUAGAGUUAUGCGAAGAGAACAAUGAUCCUGUAAAUUGAUAAAUAAGAGGUUUUUAAAGGGAAAGCUACAGUCGAUGUAAUCAAUAACGAGUGAAGCAACUCGUGUUUUAAAGUUUUGCAAAAGAGUACAUUCUUCGGAGUGAUAUAUCGGAUCGUUCGAGUUUAUUCUUUUGUUUUUCCUGAUAGGAAGAUUUUUAUCUACUCGAUUAUUUUAAAUAUAUUGGAUUGGGCUGUUGUGAGGGACUUUUAGGGUUAGAGCAUGAUGGAAAUCGAAAUGGUACAGAAUAUUUCACUCAUCGAACUGCCUGAUGUCGUUCUCGAAACUAUUCUGUCGAAUCUGUCAUACGAUGAGUUGGCUCGACUCCGAAUUGUCUGUAAACACUUUGAUCGGACGUGCCAGCAGAUGCUCAAUCGUGGAUUCAGUUUGAUGGAGAAGUAUCAUGGACAAUGCCUGAAGAAUGUCAAGAGUCAGUUGCCAAGAAGGGAAUCUGAGCGCAGAAAUCAUGCCCUUGCGAGACAUGCUGAUGUCCUCACUGCCAUUGAAACACGGAUAUCCAUGUUAUCCAUGACUUUUAUGAAAUACGUUAAUUUACACCUGUGUUGUUUCAUCCCGGGAAAGGUAAUCGACGAGAUUCUCCGAGUUUUACGUUUGAUAAAGGACACAAAAUUUCCACCCCGAGCCCACGAGAUCCUCCAGGAGUUGAGGGAUAUAAGUAGCAUGGCAAUGGAACACUUUGAUGAGAAGAUCUUGCCAGUAUUGAAACAAAGUGCUUGCACGUCAAUGGUAAAUGCUGUGAGCUCGUAUGAACUGCCUGGAAGUAGUUUCAUGAUCUCUCAUCACAAUUCAACUCCCACCACGAGUGUCUAUGGUCAGCAUACGUUAACCGCCGAGAAUUGGAAUAACACGAUGAGGGCUGUGUUUAUUAAAACAAGAAAGAACAGAUUGUCAUUUUUGAAUGUUGAGGCUGCUAUGAAAAAAUUGAGACUGAGACUGAAGAGACAAGCAUGUUUCAUUCACUUGCAGAGCAAAAAAUUGCAGAAUCAGUCGAAGAAAAUUCAUGAACAGGAGCAACAGAUAUCGGAGAUGAGACGUCAUUUUGAGGAGUGGGAGCAAAAAAUUGGGGAUCUCACUGCUGAACUCAGUCGCUCCAGGGAAGAACCAUUGAAGGGAGAGAAGAUUGAAAGCUGCAAACGGAAACGUAUUGAUGUGAUAAAACGCACAAGUGACAAUAACGAUCUUGAGGCGAAAAAACGUAAACUCAUUGUCGAACGUAAACCAUCGAUCGAUCCCAAAGAUGCCAAGUUUAAAGAAUAUAUUAAGUCUCAACUUCUUGACAAGUAAAAUCAAUCCAACUCUUGAUUUUUUUUAUCGCCUCACUGCAUCGUAUCUUGAUCAUAAUCGUUCAAUCAUGAAAACGUAUCCAUUAGGUUAAUGACAAUGAAACAAAUUAAUAUUGUAAAUUAAUAUGAUGUAUAUUAGAAAUGAAUUAAUGGUCUCCGUAAAUCUGAGACACAUUUUUUUAGCACUGAAGAAAAUUUUGAGGAUUAAUAAACAUUUGUAUCUUACUGUCA